GUGGGGAGUGGCUUCGGCUGCGAGCCCCGCUGCUCGCCCGCCCUCAGGGGAGGGGAUCGUAUUUCUCAGUUACGUGCCCACUGGGUCCACCAGCGGCCUCCUGCCUCCCUCCCCUUCCAGCUCCGGCCCCGGCUGCCCCUCCCUCUGCCUAAUGGAUCGAUUUGGUCAGACGCCAAAACUCCACUAUCCCUUGAAUUUAAAAAACUGUAAACAGCCAUGCCUGUCGGACUCCCGUCCAGCCCUGGGGACCCUGACGGGAGACCCUUUGUUCUUGGGGACCUUCCCCCCACCCCCACCCCCCGCCAUCAGAACAUCUUCAGACCAUUUCUGUCUGCUUUGCCCGGGGUUGGCGUGGACAGCCCUCCCCGUGUCCCACCUGAUGUCUCACUGUCUCCGCCCCCCACCCAGGUGUUGCCCACCAACCCGGAGGAGAGCUGGCAGGUGUACAGCUCCGCCCAGGACAGCGAGGGCAGGUGUAUCUGCACAGUGGUCGCCCCCCAGCAGACCAUGUGCUCGCGGGACGCCCGUACGAAACAGCUGCGGCAGCUGCUGGAGAAGGUGCAGAACAUGUCCCAGUCCAUAGAGGUGCUGGACCGGCGGACUCAGCGGGACCUGCAGUACGUGGAGAAGAUGGAGACCCAGAUGAAAGGCCUGGAGUCCAAGUUCAAGCAGGUGGAGGAGAGCCACAAGCAACACCUGGCCAGGCAGUUCAAGGCGAUAAAAGCGAAAAUGGAUGAACUUAGGCCUUUGAUACCCGUGUUGGAAGAGUACAAGGCCGAUGCCAAAUUGGUUUUGCAGUUUAAAGAGGAGGUCCAGAAUCUGACGUCAGUGCUUAACGAGCUGCAAGAGGAAAUUGGCGCCUAUGACUACGAUGAGCUGCAGAGCAGAGUGUCCAAUCUUGAAGAGAGGCUCCGUGCGUGCAUGCAAAAGCUAGCCUGCGGCAAGCUGACGGGCAUCAGUGACCCCGUGACCGUCAAGACGUCUGGCUCCAGGUUCGGGUCCUGGAUGACCGACCCUCUGGCCCCUGAGGGCGACAACAGGGUGUGGUACAUGGACGGCUACCACAACAACCGCUUCGUGCGCGAGUACCGGUCGCUGCAGGACUUCAUGACGACGGACAACUUCACGUCGCACCGGCUGCCGCACCCCUGGUCGGGCACGGGCCAGGUGGUCUACAACGGCUCCAUCUACUUCAACAAGUUCCAGAGCCACAUCGUCAUCCGCUUCGACCUGCGCACCGAGAGCAUCCUGAAGCAGCGCAGCCUGGACUACGCCGGCUACAACAACAUGUACCACUACGCAUGGGGCGGCCACUCGGACAUCGACCUGAUGGUGGACGAGAGCGGGCUCUGGGCCGUCUACGCCACCAACCAGAACGCCGGCAACAUCGUGGUCAGCAAGCUGGACCCCGUGUCGCUGCAGGUGCUGCACACCUGGAACACCAGCUACCCCAAGCGCAGCGCCGGCGAGGCCUUCAUCAUCUGCGGCACGCUCUACGUCACCAACGGCUACUCGGGCGGCACCAAGGUGCACUACGCCUACCAGACCAACGCCUCCACCUACGAGUACAUCGACAUCCCCUUCCAGAACAAGUACUCGCACAUCUCCAUGCUGGACUACAACCCCAAGGACCGCGCGCUCUACGCCUGGAACAACGGCCACCAGGUCCUCUACAACAUCACCCUCUUCCACGUCAUCCGCUCCGACGAGCUGUAG